UUCCCGGCAACAGUCGGCGCGCGCAUGCGCUACGUGUUUGACGUGUCUUAUGUUGUCAGUUGACAGUUCAUUUCAUUCGCGUUUACAUGUUUGACGUUUAGAAAGAGUAGUUUUCUGGAUUUUUAUUUUAAUUCGAGUGUUUUAUAAUGGAAAGAAAUUCUCGCAAUCAUUCGUCGACAAUGGACCGUGACUCGAGAAUGAUUAUACGAAAAAUUCUGUUGGAUUUCCUUAUUUUGUUUUGCAUUGGAUUUAUGAUCCUCGCGUUCUACCUAUGGGGUGAUCCGUACAAGCGUGGUUUCUUCUGCGACGAUGAGUCCCUCAAGCAUCCCUACAAAGACUCCACUGUUACUAACAUCAUGCUGUAUAUCGUCGGACUUGGUGUUCCUGUGUUUACGAUGGUGUUAACGGAAUGGAUACGUCUUCGGGACUACAAGGGCGGUAGAUCCCGCAACGUCCUGGGUCGAGAGCUACCAGCUUGGCUUUGGGAGGUGUACAAAGUUGUGGGCGUGUUCCUCUUCGGUUGUGCUUGCCAGCAGCUGACAACAGAUGUCGCUAAAUACACCAUCGGCAGGUUGAGACCGCAUUUCUUUACUGUGUGCAACCCUGAUAUCGACUGUACACUGCCAGAGAACAAAUGGAGAUAUAUAGAAACCUUCACGUGUCAAGAACGGGAUCCGAAGCUGCUGAAAGAAAUGCGACUCUCCUUUCCUAGUGGGCACUCUUCCUUCUCUGCUUAUACAAUGAUUUACUUUGCGAUAUACCUACAGAAGCGUUUCACAUGGCGCGGCUCUAAGCUGCUACGACACAGCGUGCAGUUCCUCCUGCUUAUGAUGGCCUGGUACACUGUGAUGACGCGCGUCUCUGACUACAAGCACCACUGGAGCGAUGUACUCGCCGGGUUUAGUAUUGGACUCAUCUACGCCGUUGUUAUUUACGCAUUCGUAUCCGAUCUACGUAAGACAUCUAGACGUCAAACGAACGUGCAUAGCAAUGAAUUGCACGGAAACGGUAACACGCGUGCAGCCGGCUGGCCCGUCUGACUGCCGGCUGAGGAGCAGCCAGCGGAGGAUGAGCCCUGACAACCGCCCAACGUCUCGUGGAUAUCACACGAGUACGUAGAAAUACAAGACAGAUAAGUUGGACUAUAAAUAAUAUGUGUGUGCGAAAGUGUGUACGGCUCUGGAUAAUUUGGUCAUCCUUUAUCUUCUAGGAAUUACCGUAAAAUCGUUUAAUAGUGACUUAAGCAGACCCUUAGUGUAGAUUUCUUGUACAAAAGUAAAAUUGAGUGACUCACUAGGGGACAAAUAAGCUACAAAUUAGAGCUGGCUUAAUGUAAACACUAACUGGCGCCAGUGAGUCCCAUACUGUCAAUGUAAGGUCAGCGAUACUGGCCUACUGGCAUAAUGUAAACACGUCAUUAAUGAGUCUAUUCCAUGUAUAAAAUCCAUCUAGAAAAAACAUAAAAAUGUGGAAACAAUCUUUUAAAAUAUUAGAGGUAUCUAGGCAUAAUAAUUGAUUCGACACGAUCGAAAUAUUUCUUAGCUUUUACAGGGAAGUUUAGCAGCUUUUUAUUGUUUCCACUGCACCAAAAACAUAUUUUAUCUCUGUUUUUAUAAAUUGAAUACCAUGGAUUUCAGACAUCAAAAUCUAUGUGUAUUGUCAUCCCUGUCUUUCAUUAUUGAUAAAACAGAGAUAACAAUAUGUUUUAAACGGCAACAUGUUUUUGAACAGAUGUUUCGUUAGUAUAAACGCAACAUUUGAUCACGGCAGCUAUAUAUCACCAAUUAUAUAUGUAUGAAUGAAUGGUUGUGAAAUAUAUAAAUGUCAAAGAAUAUAUUUGAUUUUUAGAAUAUGCACUUUAUAGCAAGGAGUAUAAAAUGUUUAAAUUUUAUUUUAAAACUUACGAACGAAAAAAUAUUCUAUGACAAUUAUUAGCAAAUAAUAUAAAUAAAAAAACUGUAAAUGUAAAAAAAAACAUCACUUCCAUUAGAUUUUAGUAUCACUGCCAUCUAGCGGUAGAAAUACGAUCACAUAAAACUUAAAUUGUACAAAACUACUUAUUCAUUAAAUAGGUUUUCAUAUAUAUUGUAAAUAAUUAUUUCUCACA